CGGCGUCUGCCUGUUGUCAUGUUUAAAUUAAAUAUGGCGGAAACGUUAAAAGCUGCAACAACCUUUAUUGAACAAGGACAUAUUCGAGUUGGGCCAGAAGUAAUAACUGAUCCAGCUUUUCUAGUUACCAGAAGUAUGGAAGAUUUUAUAACAUGGACUGAUACUUCAGCCAUCAGAAAACAAGUCAUGGAGUACAAUGAUAUGGUA